UUACAUAUAGGUGGAGCUUGCCAAGGAAAUGUGAGGCGGGGGGCGCUUGUUCGUUUAUUUGAAUCCCCCCCCCGUAUCUUUGGCAGUCCCUCCCCAAUUUAGAGUCGAUCCUCCCUGUAAAUUUACCUCUCCUUUGUAUGUUCCCCUCCUCUAAAAAACGAAACAUAAGGCUGUCCAGAAUUUCUUUUAGGGGCUUGAGAUUUGGAACCAAGGGUGGAGUGGGGGGAGCAGGUUUUGACUAAUAUUACCGAUUGUAACACGUGUCUCUGUAACACAAUCAGGGUGUAUGGUGAUUUGCAAACUGCAGGAGAACAGGUCCCUGCCCCGAGCUGCAUGCAACUGGAAAAAUGUAAAAGUGUUGUGGGGGGGGAAAAAUCAGAAGAAAGAUGCCUGGAGGUUUCCCUGUAUGCUGGAAAAUAGCUAAGAGCUGGGAGGAAGGAGCGACAGAAGCGGUGGUGGCGACGGCGGCGGCAGCAGCAGAGAUGGCGCGGCUGGUGGCAGUUUGCAGAGACGGGGAGGAAGAAUUCCCCUUUGAGAGGCGACAGAUCCCCCUCUACAUCGACGACACGCUUACGAUGGUGAUGGAAUUUCCCGAUAACGUUCUCAACCUUGAUGGGCAUCAGAAUAACGGAGCACCGUUAAAGCAGUUCAUUCAGCGGCACAGCAUGCUCAAGCAGCAAGAUCUGAAUAUUGCCAUGAUGGUGACAUCGCGCGAAGUCUUGAGUGCCCUGUCUCAGCUCGUCCCAUGCGUUGGCUGUCGUCGGAGCGUGGAGCGCCUCUUCUCUCAGCUCGUAGAGUCGGGGAAUCCUGCCCUUGAACCCCUCACGGUCGGGUCCAAGGGAGUUCUCUCCGUCACCCCGAGCUGUAUGAGGGAUGCCAAGAAGCUCUAUACGCUUUUUUACAUCCACGGGUCCAAAUUAAACGAAAUGAUAGAUGCGAUUCCGAAAAGUAAGAAGAACAAAAGAUGUCAGUUGCACUCCUUGGACACGCACAAGCCCAAGCCCUUGGGGGGUUGCUGGAUGGAUGUGUGGGAGCUAAUGUCCCAGGAGUGCAGGGACGAAGUAGUUUUAAUCGAUUCUAGCUGCCUCUUAGAAACAUUAGAAGCUUACCUCCGGAAACACAGGUUUUGCACCGAUUGCAAGAACAAAGUUCUGCGGGCUUACACCAUCCUGAUCGGCGAGCUGGACUGCAGCAAGGAGAAAGGCUACUGUGCCGCGCUGUACGAGGGGCUGCGCUGCUGUCCACAUGAGCGCCACAUCCACGUGUGCUGCGAGACGGACUUCAUCGCGCACCUCCUCGGCCGAGCCGAGCCCGAGUUCGCAGGAGGGUAUGAGCGGAGAGAGAGGCACGCAAAGACAAUAGACAUCGCCCAAGAGGAGGUCCUCACCUGCUUGGGGAUCCACCUUUAUGAACGGCUGCACCGUAUCUGGCAAAAGCUCCGGGCGGAGGAACAGACAUGGCAGAUGCUCUUCUACCUGGGCGUUGAUGCUUUACGAAAAAGUUUUGAGAUGGCCGUGGAAAGAGUGCAAGGCAUCAGCCGGCUGGAGCAGCUCUGCGAGGAGUUCUCCGAAGAGGAGCGGGUGCGAGAGCUCAAGCAAGAGAAGAAGCGCCAGAAGCGCAAGAACCGGAGGAAAAAUAAGUGCGCGUGCGAGAUCCCUGCUCCCUUGCAAGCGGCGGAAGAGAAGGAGAGGAGCCAGGAGAAGGAAAACUUCCUGGAGGGCGCUUGCAAAGCCUGCGGCAGCGCAGAGGAGAAAGGCAGCUGCAUCGAGGUCAUUGUUACCAAUGAAAACACUUCCUGCACUUGUCCCACUGGUGGCACUUUACUGGGUUCACCCAAAAUAAAGAAAGGCUUAUCUGCACAUUGUAACGGCAGCGACUGUGGCUACUCCUCCAGCAUGGAAGGCAGUGAAACGGGAUCGCGAGAGGGCUCAGACGUUGCUUGCACUGAAGGGAUUUGCAAUCACGAUGAAAACGGCGAUGAUCCCUGCAUCCAUCGCUGCGAGGACAAGGAGGAGGAUGGGGACAGCUGUGUCGAGUGCUGGGCAAACUCUGAAGACAGCAAUACAAAAGGGAAAAACAAGAAGAAGAAGAAGAAAAGCAGGAAGGGUGAGGCUGAACACAUCCAAAAGCUGAGUAACUGCGUCGUAGAGCCGAGUAAUCACGAUGGCUCAGGGAGCGCCCUGCACACUGAGUUCCACCGGGACAAGACCAAAGACCCGCACGCCGAGGCUUGCUGUCGGGCAGAGAAGGGCAGGCCGCCCGUGCCUUGGUUGGAGCAGAGGAAAGCAGCAUUGUUGCAUGCAGAACCUCCAGAGGCGGCCGCUGCGCCAGACUCUGGGAAAGGAGCCAAGAGCUUGGUGGAACUCCUUGACGAAUCUGAAUGCACUUCCGACGAGGAAACCUUCAUCUCGCAAGACGAGAUCCAGUCGUUCAUGGCAAACAACAAGUCUUUCUACAGCAACAGAGAGCGGUACCGGCAGCACCUGAAGGAGAAAUUUAACAAAUACUGCCGCUUGAACGAUCAUAAGAGGCCGGUUUGUACUGGCUGGCUUACAACAGCCGGAGCAAACUAAACCCAAUAAAAUUAGCUCUGUCUUUCAAUGAAAUCUUUCGAGAUGACUACUGCGCCUUUUCUGUCUUCAA